AUGACUGCUUUUUUAGGAGUUUACAAAGCAAUUUAUGAUUACGAGCCACAGACGCCUGAAGAAUUAGAACUAAAAGAAAAUGAUUUAUUGUACCUUUUAGAAAAGUCAGAAGUUGAUGAUUGGUGGACAGUUAAGAAACGUGUUAUUGGAUCUGAUGCAGAAGAACCAGUGGGGUUAGUUCCUUCUAAUUAUAUCGAAGAAGCUCCGGUUAUUGCUCAAGUGAAGGCGCUUUAUGAUUAUGAACAAAUUCAAAACCCAGAGGAAGAAUUAAUAUUCCACGAGAAUGAUCUUUUCUCUGUUUAUGAUGAUAAGGAUCCUGAUUGGUUAUUGGUCAAGUCACAAAUUUCAAAUGAAGUCGGGUUUGUCCCAGGAAAUUAUGUGCAACCUGUCUCAGCCACUGCAGCUCCACAAGGGAUGCCUGCUGCUACACCAACUACAGCUACAACUAAUGUAGAUGCCUCCACAUUUUUACCACCACCACAAAGAGUUGAUAGAGUUAAAGUAGAAACUGAAUCACAACCAGAACGAGAAGGUGAAGAAACUUCAAGAAGGGAGACUAGUACUCAAAAUUAUAAAGAUGGAGAAGAAGAAGAAGAGGCUCCACCUGAAAAGCCUGCCAGACCUGUGUCGACAGGCCCAAUUGAAUCUACAAGAGAAAAAUCUCGUAACAGAAUGUCGUAUUAUGAUGAUGAUGGGUAUGCGGUGGAUGAUUAUCAUCGUGAUGAUGAUCGUCGUCGUGAACAGAAUAAUGACCGCGAGCGUGAGGAUCGUUAUAACAAUGAAGCAAAUGACUAUUCCCCAGAACCACAGUCAUGGAAAGUUACUGAAAUUGAAGGACGUAAAAAGCAUAAGGCAAAAUUAAUUAUUGGCCAUAACAGAAUUAAUUUCAUUCCGAACAAAGGGGAUCCACAAGAAUGGACUAUUGAUAAGUUGGUUUCAUAUGAUAAUGAGAAAAAACAUAUGUUCUUGGAAUUUAUUGAUCCAUAUAAGAAUCUCGAAUUACAUACAGGAAAUAAUGAUACAUGUAACGAAAUCAUGGCAGUUAUAGGUGAAAUUAAGGGUGCUUCACGUGAUCCAGGUCUAAGAGAGGUUCAAAUGGCAGCAAAAUCCAAAAAGCAAGCUCGUGUUCUAGUCGAUUUCAUUGCAGAAUCAAAUGACGAACUGACUGUGAAGGAAGGUGAUAUGGUUUAUAUUUUAAAUGACAAGAAAUCAAAAGAUUGGUGGAUGUGUGAACUUGUGAAAACAGGAGAAAAAGGAGUUGUGCCAGCUCAAUUUAUUGAGCCUCCACAAGAAAAAUCAUCAUCGGGUGGAUUAUUUAGUUCAUUGAAAAGAAUAACUAGAGGUUCAAUGUCGAAAUCUCCUUCAAAGGCUCCCUCUUCGACAGGCCUUGCCGAUUGGAAAAACGACGCUGACCAAAGUCUAUCCCCCAAGAAAAGUAGAAAUAGAGGAAGUUCCUUUUCUACCAGAAGGAAAAGAUCAUCCUCAACAAGUAAUGUUAACAAAGAAAGGACCAAGGAAUUUCCAAAUCCUAAAAAGACGCGUUUGUGGGUUGACAGAAGUGGUACUUUCAAAGUGGAAGCUCAAUUUAUUGGUUGUGCAGAAGGAAAGAUUCAUCUACACAAAGCCAAUGGUGUAAAAAUCGCUGUUGCAGCUUCUAAAUUAUCAGAUGAUGAUCUAUUAUAUGUAGAACGAGUCACUGGUUUCAGUUUAGACAAAUUUAAAGAAAAGAAGCCAACUUCUACUGAUGCUAGAGAAAGCGAACGCGAAAGAAGGAGGAUGCUAAGGGAACAGGAAGAAAGAGAACGCGAUAGGAGAUUAAGAGAACAAGAACUUUAUGAAUUGAAAAAGGCAAGAGAAUUAUUGGCUCAGGAUAGAGAAAGAUUACAACAGGACAAAGAACUACCUCCAAUAAAACCUCCAAGGCCGCAAUCAUCCAUCUCAGUAAAUGAUGCUCAUGAUUCAUCUAGAGUCAACAGAAGCUCUUCUCGUUCGGACAAGAAAAAGGGCAGUAAUUAUGAUUGGUUUGAAUUUUUCUUAAAUACUGGUGUCGAUGUUAAUAAUUGCCAAAGAUAUACCAUCAAUUUUGAUAGAGAACAAAUUACCGAAGAUAUGAUGCAAGAUAUAAAUUCAUCCAUGCUAAGAACUUUAGGUUUACGUGAAGGUGAUAUAGUCCGUGUAAUGAAGUACCUUGACAAGAAAUUUGGUAGAGAAACUGAAACUCAACGAGCCGCAGCUACAGGUAGCAUAUUUACCGAAGCAGAUGGUUCAUUGAAGGUAAAUACUGUUAAUACAGCGGGACAACCAGCAUUACUAAGUGUUCCUCAACAACAGCUAAUGCCGCAAGCUACUGCUCCACCAGCUGCUGUCAGCCAUGAUGAUGAUGCUUGGACAGUGCAACCAGCUGCCAAAUCCCAACCAAACUUAGUAAAUGCGAAAGCAGAAUUUACUGGCUCAAUGCAAGACUUACUUGACUUGCAACCUUUGGAACCUAAAAAGGCCACACCAGCCACUCCUGAGCCUAAAUUAGAGCAGCUAGAACCUGUAAAGACAGGCACAGAAAGUAAUACUGCUCAAAUUGCCACUAACGUUACUGGUGGCCCAGCUCUUGCCAGCAAUGUCACCGGUGGCCGUACACUUGUGCCUUUAGAUCCGUUUAAAACCGGUGGAAACAAUGUUUUACCUAUUUCAUCUGGAUUUGUGAUGAUGCCAUUCACAACUGGAGGUUUAAUGACAAUGCCACAAACUAGUUUUGGUAUGCAACCAACUGGAACAAUCUUACCAGUCCAGAAAACAGGUGGCGGUUUGAUUCCUAUAGCGACUACGGGGGGAGCAAUGCCUCAAACUUCAUUCGGAUUGUUACCAUUAUCAACAACAGGUGGUGCUAGCAUAAUUCCACAAACGACAUUCGGCGCCCCACCACUUGGCUCUAUAUUGCCUGUUCAAAAAACAGCAAAUGGUGUAAUUGCUACAAAUUCUACUGGCGGUAUGAUGCCAAUGCAAACGACUGGUGGCAUUUUGCCAACGACUACAUUUAUGAACCCAGCUUUUACCGGAGGUGCAAUUCCACAAACUAGCUUUGGAACACAGAUCAUGGGAAAUACAUUGCAGCAAACCAGUUUGGGUGGCCAAGUAACAGGUGGCGCAAUGCCACAAACUAGUUUUGGAAAUCAACUGACUGGUGGAGUCAGUGGUUUACCUCAAACUUCAUUCGUUGGUACACAGUCUACAGGGAAUCUAAUGACACAACAGAGAACUGGUGGGUUCGCAACGCUGCCUCAAACAACCUUUGGCGCUCAAAUAACAGGUGGAUUCCAACCUCAAUCUCAGUUUGGUUUGACUCUUCAAAGAACUGGAGGUGCAUCUUUUUUGCCUCAAAACCAAUUUACUGGAGGUCCACAGAUGAUGAAUACAGGUGGCGUGUUCCAACAAUCGCAACCUAUGAAUACCUUUAACACUGGUGGUGCAAUGCAACUGCCAAAUACUAACGGUAUUACUCAAGGGAUGCAAAACACAUUUAUUUCGCAACCUUCCCAACAAAUUCCAUUACAAACGCAGCCAACAGGGUUUGGUUUCGGGAACGGUCCACAGCAGACGGCACAAUCAUCACAAAUGCCACAGAGUCAACAACCAAGACAAGCAAACCUAUUUAAUGCCACAGCAGAUAAUCCAUUUGGCUUCUAA